ACAAGAAGGGUUAGAGCACUUCGUGGACUAAAAAACAAAACCAACAGUUCAUCAUGGAAGACCAAGAAAUUCUGGACAAUGAGACCAUUUUAAGGGUAGCACAAAAACAAAAAGUCCGAGAAUCAUGGCCAGAGCUGGCUCUCUACCUCGGCUUCAACAAUGAGGACUGCCUGAAUAUUCAGAAAAGCUUCCCGAGACGGAGGGAGCAGGCACGUCAGAUGCUGGCCAACUGGAGGGUGAAGUUCAACGGGGCCAAUCCUCUUGAGACCUUGGCAAAAGCUCUCCAAGCAGUGGACAUUGAAGUUGCUAAUGAACUUGGGACGUUGCAGCGAAUUCCACCAUGCACUACUUUGAAUUGCGGCAACAGCGAUCCCGUUAAGUUCAGACGUUACUUCUCACAAGAUGGUAAGUCUCAACUCCUAGGGAUCUGCUGUACCACGUGUGGUCAGGAGUGGCUCCAAGAUAGAUUCCUGUUUCAUCCUGACACUGACAAGACACGUCCAAGGAUCAGACUUUACGGAGUUGUCCUCAAGAAACAGCUCAAGGUAACCAUGGACACGAAUCCAGCAUUUAUGGUCAAGGGUUCACGUAAGAAAAUUGACUUAGACAAUGCUUUAGAUAUCUUGGAGGUGGGCGAUCACAUCACCUGGCAGCGACCAUACAUCAUUUGGCAUCAUGCAAUAGUAUCUGGUGUCGAUAAAGAGAAUGGGCUUCUUAAGGUGAUCCAUUGGAACAAUGUGUCACGCGGUUCUUCACCGCAGAUAAUGGAGGAAGAUAUAAGUUUAGGUGACCAAUCGGGUGCAAAUGAACUGUAUCAAAUCGAGUACGGGGAAGAGAUGACAAAGGCCAACCCCAUAGAGCUCGUCAUUGCCCGUGCCAAAUCGAGAUUAGGGAACACCGGGUACAAGGCUUUGGGUGACAACUGCGAGGCAUUGGGUACCUAUUGCAAAAUUGGAGUCAUGGAGAGCUGCCAGACUAUGUGGGUCUAUAACAAGGUCAAAACGAUCGUCACUGAAACGCUGGUAAAUGUUGUCAAGGGUGUUGUCAAGGGUGGUUGUGUUGUUGCAAAAGAGUAUGUCAAGGCUGGUUCCAAAGCAUCCUUGCAGCAGGUCGGGAGUGUUUCUGUAGAAGAGGGGUUGAAGGCUGUGGGAAAAGUUGGUGGUGCAGAGUUGUUUGAGAGGCUUUGCAAGGGCACUGAUGUAGUAGGAGCUGGUGUCGUGAUUGUCUUUGAAGGUGUCGUUUGUGUCUGGGAACUUAAGGAGUAUUAUCAAAAAAGAGAGAAAGGUGGCUUGUCAAUGAGCGAGUUCGUGAAAACUGCUACCCAGCGUGUGGUAGAGGCAUUAUGCGGAGCUGGCCUGGCCGUUUCGUUGGGCUUAGCAGGGCAAGCCGGAGGUGCUGCAUUGGGCGCCGCGGCAGGUACGUUUAUUAUCCCUGGGAUAGGAACGGCAAUUGGUGGGUUCAUUGUAAGUAUUGUUGGGGGUGUAGUUGGUUCAUUUGGCGGAAGAGCCAUUGGCUCAUUAAUAGGUGCACCCAUCGGCCGUUGUCUCGCCAGACAAAUAGGUACGGACGACAGUGCAGUGCGAAUUGAAGAGCUGCUCCCGGGUGACCAGAUUGUUUCUUACGGCAACUUACUUCAUCCACGGCAUCAUGCCAUAGUCGUCUCCCGCACUCAAGACCAGAGUAAAGUCAGGGUUGUCCACAGUACGUACGGCAAGGGUGUGGUCGAAGAGGAGGUUGAUUUUAUCGAACCCGUGUAUAAAGUGAUCUAUCAUGAACAGAAAUGUGUCCCACCUGAGAAGGUGAUCGAGAGAGCCAGAUCCAAGAUCGUGGAUGAUGCAUACACGUACUCUUUGGUAUGGAAUAACUGCAAGCAUUUCGCCCAGUGGUGCAAGCUGAAGUAGUAGCAAUUGUUAUAAGAUGACGUUUCGUCCAUAAUCGGCAGCCAUUAGUUAACGACAGUGAACACUAUUGGUAAUAACUCAAAGUAAUUAUUAGCAUAAAACCUCACUUGGU